CUCGAUGUAGAAUAAUAAUGCCUUUUAUUAUAAAAUAAAUGAAGUAAAGAUUAACUAAAUGAUAAUAGGAGGAGGAUUAAAUGGGAAUAAGAAGAAAAUUUUGGAGCUUCGAGGAAAAGAAGGGGAAGAUUGAUUUCAAUUUAGGAGAAGGUUAAAGAAUCAAUUUUUAUUAUAAAUUUUGUGAAAUAUGUAAUUUUAAAUAUUAAAAAGUAAUUUAAGGAAAUUAAAUAAAUUUAAUGAUAAAAGCGUGUAAAAUCUUUUCCAGCUAAUUUGCUCUUAAAUUUUAAAUUUUUUUAAAAAAUAAACUUAAAACCAUUCAAAUGCAAUGUUAAUUAAGGUUUGGAGUCUAAAGGAAGGCGAGAAGGUAAAAUGUGUAAAAUUGAUGUCAAGGAUGGUGCACAGUUGAAAUGUAUGCAUGGGCCUUUGCAUCUCAGAAUUAGAAUUAAAAUAAUUAAAUUUGUUGUUUUUUGUUGCUUUUGUAAAAUUUUGUAAUUUCAGUAAUUAGUUUGUGACUAAUUUCUUUUUUCCAUUAUUACUAUUCCUGUGUAACUUUUUAUCUGGAGUCAACUGAGUCACGUUUCAACAAGCCAAAUAAUAAAAUGAGUUGCAUUUUAAAGUGUAAUGACACUAACGACGAAAUUAUUGUCGGCGAUAUCGAUAACUACAACAACAAAACAUACGAUUACGUAGAGAAACCUUCAGUAAUGUAUAAACCAAGUACAGUGGUACCUCCGAAUAAUAUUCUCGAGAUCACACCACCAAAGGAUUUGGAAUAUCCAAUUACCUUUUAUCCCACUGUCGACACUUUCUUUGAUAAGGAUAAUAACAAUUUGGUUACUCUCAUGGAGCUUCCUGGAUUUCCUAUUUCUGAUAUUGAAAUUAAUAUCGGUGAUGGUGAAAUGAUUGUUUCAGGCCCUAGACCUAAGGAAGAGUUGUAUGAGAAAUUUGGAGAGAAUUUGAAUAUCCAAAUCAGAGAAAGAAAGGUUGGAUACUUUUACAGGCGUUUCAAACUUCCAAAUAAUGCCAUGGAUAAUACUGCAAGUGCAUGUUAUGAUAAUGGUAUCUUGAGCAUUAUUAUUGAAUGCUCCCAAUUCAAUCCCAUCAGACGUCUUGAAAUUACCAAUACUCCAAACUACUUUAUCAAUAAUAAAAAAAACAACAUCAACAAAAUUAACUCCAACAGCAUUGAUAAUAAUAAUGAUCAAAAUUAAUCUCCUUC